ACAAGAGUUUGUCCUCCGCACACAGUGGACAAAAGUGAAUUGUAGCUGUAUGGAACUCAGUGCAUGCUGUUAUAGCUACUCUCCGCGGUUAAAAGAUUAACAACGUGCUCGACACUCAACCUUAUAUAAAUGUAGAUCGGGUGCUGAAUCCUCGUAUGUAAUCCAAAGAACAAAAUCCUCCUCCCCGCCAUAUAUACAGGACAGACGAAAAACGGAUUCAAUUUAUCGUCUCCUGUUUAAGAUUAUUUUCUAAACGGAAACCAUCUGUCGGGCUUCAGCGAUAAGCAAUUGGUUGGGUGUUCAGAGGCAUUACUAGAUCCAUUAGCUACCGCACCCUUCUCGUUCGUAAAUCCGACAGACUCAUGCCAGAGUUAGAUCCACGGUGAAGCAAGCCGCACCACAUGCCUUCAAUGCUUUCGGUUUUUGCAACCUUUCAGUGAAGUGAAUGAGAGAUAUCUUACCGAGUCCAGAAGAACGACCGUCUGACAAUCAGAUUUUUUUGUAACGGUAUUAAUACGAUAUAUCAAGAUUUGCACCGUUCGAAGAUCCCUUAUUUUUUCCUCUUUCCUGUGAUUUUUAACCUCCGCUACAGCCAGUCUGCGUUGGGACUUUUCUUGUGUUGUUUAAUAUGCCUCUGGUGAAAGUUAUGAGUUCUCCAACAAAGGGACUGCUCUACGGCUUUUACUGCACUGUACGGUAGAUGAAUGCGGAGAGUGGAAGCGUUGUAACUCGAGGCGGGGUUAAAGUUCAGCUCUAUGCAGCGGUGAAGCGUUCGUUGCAGUUCGCAGAGUUGGAAAUGUGAAAGCAAGAAGCAGGCUUUAUUUUUCUCUCUCCCUUCUCUGUCUCUCCUUUUUUCCCUUUUCACACACACGGACACAGCCACCACGCAUACACGAGCAGACACGGACACACACUCACACACAUAAACACGCAGACCCGUCACAGCAACCAAAACACACACACAUACACUCACACACACACACACGCAUACAUACACCCUCCAAAUCCAAGAUUAGAUACAACAGACAUGUAUUCUCCACUAUGCCUAACACAGGACGAGUUCCAUCCUUUCAUCGAAGCUCUGCUGCCCCACGUGCGAGCGUUUGCCUACACAUGGUUCAACUUGCAGGCCCGCAAGAGAAAGUACUUCAAGAAGCACGAGAAGCGCAUGUCUAAGGAAGAGGAGCGCGCGGUCAAGGACGAGCUGCUCAGCGAGAAGCCUGAGGUCAAGCAGAAGUGGGCAUCACGCCUCUUGGCCAAGCUCCGCAAGGACAUCCGGCCAGAGUUCCGGGAGGAUUUUGUGCUCACGGUCACCGGGAAGAAGCCCCCGUGCUGCGUGCUGUCCAACCCCGACCAGAAGGGUAAGAUGAGGAGGAUCGACUGCCUGCGUCAGGCCGACAAAGUCUGGAGGUUGGAUCUGGUCAUGGUCAUUUUAUUCAAAGGUAUUCCCCUCGAAAGCACUGAUGGCGAAAGGCUGGUAAAGUCCCCACAGUGCUCGAACCCAGGGCUGUGUGUGCAGCCUCAUCACAUUGGAGUUUCUGUGAAGGAGCUUGACCUCUACUUGGCCUACUUUGUUCAUGCAGAUGGCCAGUCAGAGAGUCCCAACCAGCAGAGUGAGUCUGAUAUCAAGGAGCAGCCUGAGAACGGACAUCUUGGCUUCCAAGACAGCUUUGUCACAUCGGGUGUCUUCAGUGUGGCCGAGCUCGUGCGAGUCUCACAGACCCCCAUCGCAGCUGGGACGGGUCCUAACUUCUCGCUGGCCGACCUGGACAGCUCCUCCUACUACAGCAUGAGCCCUGGGGCAAUGAGGCGACCCUUACCCAGCACAUCCUCCAGCAGCUCGGCCAAGAGGAUCAAGUGUAUGGAGGACGAGGUGGACAGUCCAGGAGAAGAGUCCUACUAUCCAGGUCAAGGGCGCUCCCCGGGCAGCGGCAGCCAGGCCAGCAGCUGGCACGAAGUGGAAACUGCUGGAUAUAAACUGCGUGGCUCGCUAGCUAGUUCGUUCAUCUCAAGACAAGGGAUGCCACCGUCCACCACAUUAAAGAAGUCAGAGAAGUGUGGUUUCAGCAGCCCUGUCAUGCCUUCGCAGACCACUUCCUACUCCCCCCGAAUGGCAUUCACACAUCAUCAUCAGCCUGUUAUUACAGGACCUAGAGCGAGUCCCCACGCCACGCCGUCGAGCCUCCACUUCCCCACGUCGCCCAUCAUCCAGCAGCCCGGCUCCUACUUCUCCCACCCGGCCAUCCGUUACCACCCCCAGGAGAGCCUCAAGGAGUUUGUCCAACUUGUCUGCCCCGACUCAGGCCAGCAGGGAGGACAGGUGGGCUUCCUUAAUCCUAAUGGUAGCAGUCAGGGGAAGGUCCACAACCCAUUCCUGCCCACCCCCAUGCUGCCCCCUCCACCUCCGCCCCCCAUGGCACGCCCUGUGCCCCUGCCUGUGCCAGACUCCAAACCUCCUUCCACCUCCACUGAGGGAGGGGGCAACUCCCCCACCUCGCCAAGUGAGUGGACACUGGACACACUCACACAUCAUAUGACCAUUUGUUUUAGCCUACUCCACACCGAGCACGUCCCCAGCCCAGCGCUUCAUCAGUGUGGGCCCCCGAGACCCCAGCUUUGUAAAUAUCCCUCAGCAGCCCCAGUUCUUCAGACACCCAUAGAGAGACCUACAAGGAUCCGUCCACUGGACUCUACAAGGAUCCGUCCACUGGACUCUACAAGGAUCCGUCCACUGGACUCUACAAGGGCCCAGACACUGGACUCUACAAGGGUCCAGACACUGGACUCUACAAGGAUCCAGACACUGGACUCUACAAGGAUCCGUCCACUGGACUCUACAAGGGUCCAGACACUGGACUCUAUAAGGGUCCAGACACUGGACUCUACAAGGAUCCGUCCACUGGACUCUACAAGGGUCCAGACACUGGACUCUACAAGGGUCCAGACACUGGACUCUACAAGGAUCCGUCCACUAGACUCUACAAGGAUCCGUCCACUGGACUCUACAAGGAUUCGUCCACUAGACUCUACAAGGAUCCAUCCACUGGACUCUACAAGGGUCCAGACACUGGACUCUACAAGGAUCCGUCCACUGGACUCUACAAGGGUCCAGACACUGGACUCUACAAGGAUCCAGACACUGGACUCUACAAGGAUCCGUCCACUGGACUCUACAAGGGUCCAGACACUGGACUCUAUAAGGGUCCAGACACUGGACUCUACAAGGAUCCGUCCACUGGACUCUACAAGGGUCCAGACACUGGACUCUACAAGGGUCCAGACACUGGACUCUACAAGGGUCCAGACACUGGACUCUACAAGGGUCCAGACACUGGACUCUACAAGGAUCCGUCCACUGGACUCUACAAGGGUCCAGACACUGGACUCUACAAGGAUCCAGACACUGGACUCUACAAGGAUCCGUCCACUGGACUCUACAAGGGUCCAGACACUGGACUCUAUAAGGGUCCAGACACUGGACUCUACAAGGAUCCGUCCACUGGACUCUACAAGGGUCCAGACACUGGACUCUACAAGGGUCCAGACACUGGACUCUACAAGGGUCCAGACACUGGACUCUACAAGGGUCCAGACACUGGACUCUACAAGGAUCCAGACACUGGACUCUACAAGGAUCCGUCCACUGGACUCUACAAGGGUCCAGACACUGGACUCUAUAAGGGUCCAGACACUGGACUCUACAAGGAUCCGUCCACUGGACUCUACAAGGGUCCAGACACUGGACUCUACAAGGGUCCAGACACUGGACUCUACAAGGGUCCAGACACUGGACUCUACAAGGAUCCGUCCACUGGACUCUACAAGGGUCCAGACACUGGACUCUACAAGGGUCCAGACACUGGACUCUACAAGGAUCCGUCAACUGGACUCUACAAGAGUCCAGACACUGGACUCUACAAGGAUCCAGACACUGGACUCUACAAGGAUCCGUCCACUGGACUCUACAAGGGUCCAGACACUGGACUCUACAAGGGUCCAGACACUGGACUCUACAAGGAUCCAGACACGGGACUCUACAAGGAUCCAGACACUGGACUCUACAAGGGUCCAGACACUGGACUCUACAAGGAUUUAGACACUGGACUCUACAAGGGUCCAGACACUGGACUCUACAAGGAUCCGUCAACUGGACUCUACAAGAGUCCAGACACUGGACUCUACAAGGAUCCAGACACUGGACUCUA